AACAACACAAACAAUGGGAAUUGGAGUGCCACCAACCUCCUCCCUUCUUCCCAUAGCCUAAAAAUCCCAACUUUCCUCACUACUCACCCUCUAGCUACAAUAACAGAGUGAUUGGAAACAGGGCAGAGUUGGUGCUCAGAUCUAAGGCAACAGAUGAAAUCUAUCGUGGUUUCUUCUCAGAUCGACCAAGAAAUCAGAAUUUGAUAGAUCUGAUCGCCUUCUUGCUAUCAUCUUGAGCUCUUUGAUUGUUUUUCUGGAUCAAAAUCUCAUCUUGUCAGCUCCCCUAUUCCCCCCCUUCUUCCAGUGGAGAUGGAGAGAGAUCAGCAGCUCAAGCAUUGCUGCAAGGUUUGUAGGAAGAGCUUCCCCUGUGGGAGAUCUUUGGGAGGCCACAUGAGGUCCCACUUGGCACUGAACUCCCUGACCGAGGCCGAGGAGAGGCUGCAGAGCAGCAGGAGCUCCAUUGGGGUGGGAGCUGGCUAUGGCUUGAGGGAGAACCCAAAGAAGACUUGGCGGCUAUCGGAUUCUGGAGGUGAUCGCUCCCCGAGGCAAGCCAAGCUCUGCAAGAAGUGUGGAAAAGUUUUCCCUUCUUGGAAGUCUCUCUUCGGGCACAUGAGGUGCCAUCAGGAGAAGUCCCACCACAACUUGGAGGAGGGAGAAGAGCAAGACAAAGAAUUGGAGGAGCAGGAGGGUUCCUGGAGUGCAGGAGGCCAAUCUGAUAACGAGACAUUGAUUCCAAGGAGGAGAAGGAGAUCGAGGCAAGUAGCAUCGAUCCCGGGCUCAUUGUCACCGGUGUUGGAGUCCAAGAAGGAGCAAGAGAAUGUGGCACUAAGCCUCAUGAUGCUGUCAAGCGACACUGGGUUCUGGAGUGGCAUCAGCCCGGUUGCCGAGUCCUCUGAUAAGAAUUCAGUGGUAUUGGAGGAUUUAGGCUCUGAGGGGGAUGAGAUUGGGAAGGCAAAGAAGAGAUCUGAAUUCAUUGCUUCAAGAAAUGGGGAUAAGGGAGAUGGGCUAAAGAAGAUGGAAUCUGAUGUUUCUAAUGAUGAUGAUAAUGGUUUUGUUAAGGAUGAUGAGUUCAAGAAGCCAAAGGCUUAUGCUUCCGACACCGACGAAUUCGAGUACUCCUAUGAGGCAUCAAGGAAAGGCUCUCUCGAGAAGAAGGAUCUGAAUUGUGGUCUGGCUGAAUUGGGGAGGAAGACUAGAUCUGAUCAAUGGCAUUCGGUGGUUGGGAAGUAUAGCAAAUUAGGAUCAAGGUCUGAGAUUGGUGUUUCCAAUGGUGAAUUCAGUAAGGUUUCUUUGAAGAGAGGCCGAUACGAAUGCGCUACAUGCAACAAGUUCUUCCCUUCUUACCAAGCUCUCGGAGGUCACCGAGCUAGCCACAAGAGGAUCAAGGGCUGCUUUGCAUCGAGGACUGAAGGCAGCGAGAACAGCUUGGAGACAGAUGCUUCUAUCGAACCAGCACAAUUCGAAGAAUCAAUCCACAAGAAUGUGGGCAUUGAUGCUAGCUCUGAAGCAUCAAAGAAGGUCAAGAGUCAUGAAUGCCCAAUCUGUGGCAAGGUUUUCUCAUCAGGGCAAGCUUUGGGGGGUCACAAGAGGUCCCACUUGGUCGCGAGCUCCGAUGGUGGAGGCCUCACUAAUCAGGCUAUUGUAAUUCAGCAGCAGCCUCCGGGGCUGCUGGAUUUGCUUGAUCUGAAUCUCCCAGCUCCCACUGAUGAAGGUUCUAAUAAUACUGAUGGGAAUCUCAAGCUCAAGUCUUGGUGGGUUGGAAGAAACCACGAGCAUGAGUCACUUUCGGACCUCAUCUCGAACUGAUGAAGAUGCUGAAGAAGAUGCAGAGAGUGUACAUAUUCAUGAGAUAAUUGCUGCAGUUUUAUUCAAUUCAUUCUUUUAGACAUGCCAGCAAGACCAUGGCUAACUUACCACUUAUGGCUUCAAAUGUUGAAGAGGUGAGCUCUUUUUUCCUUUCCUAAUCCAAGAGUCCAAAUCUCUGAGGAAAUUUCAACUUUUGUUUCUUUUCUCUAGACUUGGAAUAAAUGUUUGUUGAAUUAGUAAUGGUAGAAGAGCCAAUCGAAGUGCUAAGGGAGUGGGGUGUUUUUUUAUAGCAAUUGAGAUUACUUCGAUGCUAGAAUGUGUUUCCUCGAAGUGUCUCGUUGGUAUCACUUUGGGUCAUCAUGAUUCAUAGUAUAUAGGUUAAUGGAAGCAUUAACCAAGCUGAGUGGCACUUGAGAUCU